AUGUCUUCCGUCCCGCUCUCCCUCGCCGUGCCCGCGGCCCUCGGCGCGGCCGCCUACCUCAACGCCCGGUCGUCCUUUUGGUACGACGCGCUGAUGCUCGGCGGCAUCCUCAAGGGCGUCGCCGGCAUCGUCUACGGCGGCUGGGCCGACCGCCUCAACCUCUUCUACGCGCUCGAGGCCUACGCCACCAGCGCCAGCCACGCCGACAAGCCGCUGCUGCUCUUUGAUGGCCAACGCUACACCUACCGCGAGCUCUACGACGGCGUGCUGCGCCACGGCGCCUACCUGCGCGACCGCCUCGGCAUCCGGCCCGGCGACGUCGUCGCCCUCGACUUCCAAAACUCGGACACCUUCCUCCUCCUCUGGUGGGGGCUCUGGAGCAUCGGCGCAAAGCCCGCCUUUAUCAACUUUAACCUCACCAGCAUGCCCCUCGCCCACUGCGUCAAGUCGUCGACGGCCAAGGUCUGCCUGGUGGACCCGGCCGUGGCCAGCCACUUUGAAGACGAGCUAGUCCGCCGGGAGACGGCCGGUAUCGAGAUUGUCGUAUUCGACGAGGACCGGCAGGGUGCGGCGCGGACGUCCGAGGCGGUGCGCCAGCCAGACAGCGACCGUGGUGGCCAGACCACCGGUAGCAUGGGCAUUCUCAUUUUCACAUCGGGCACUACCGGCCUGCCCAAGGCCGCCAUUGUGUCGUGGGCCAAGCUCAUUGUCAGCUCCAAGUUCAGCGUCAACUUUCUCGGUCGCGGCGACGAUGUCAUGUAUACAUGCAUGCCACUAUAUCACGCCUCCGCCUCCAUGCUCGGCUUCUGCGCCACCGUUCUUGGCGGGAGCACCCUCGCUCUGGGCCGCAGGUUCUCGACCAAGACGUUCUGGCCCGAGGUGCGCGCCUCCAACGCGACCGUGAUCCAGUACGUCGGCGAGACGCUGCGCUACCUCCUCGCCGCGCCGCCCCAAAAGGACCCCGUCACGGGCGCCGACCUUGACAAGGCGCACUCGGUCCGCAUCGCCUUUGGCAACGGCCUCCGUCCCGACGUGUGGAAGCGCUUCCAGGAGCGCUUCGGCGUCGAGACCAUUGCCGAGUUCUACGGCGCCACCGAGGGCACGCUCGCCACCUGGAACCUCUCGAGCAACGACUACGGCACCGGCGCCGUCGGCCGCGCGGGGUGGCUCCUGCGCACGCUCGUCGGCCGCGACACGGCCCUCGCUGAAAUGGACUGGGCGGCCGACGCGCCCGCGCGCGACCCCGCCACGGGCCUGUGUCGCCUCGCGGGGCCGGGCACCUCGGGCGAGAUGCUGUUCCGCCUCCCCGAUGGGCCCGAUGACCUCGAGUCGCGCUUCCAGGGCUACUUCAACGACAAGAAGGCGACGCACGCCAAGAUCCUGCGCGACGUCUUCCGCAAAGGCGACGCUUGGUUCCGCACCGGCGACGUGCUGCAGCAAAACGGCGACGGCCUGCUCUUCUUCAUGGACCGCAUCGGCGACACCUUUCGCUGGAAGUCGGAAAACGUCUCCACCGCAGAGGUCAGCCAGGUCAUGGGCCUGCACCCGGCCGUCCGCGAGGCCAACGUCUACGGCAUCGAGCUGCCGCACCACGACGGCCGCGCCGGCUGCGUGACCGUGUGCUUCGACAGGCCGCUGCCGGAUGAGGACACGCUCCGCAGCCUCGCGGGUCACCUGCGGUCGACGCUGCCGGCCUACGCGGUACCCCUGUUCCUGCGCGUCGUGCCGGAACUGGGCGCCGACACCACGGGCACCAACAAGCAGCAAAAGUACAACCUGCGCAAGAUGGGCGUCAAGCCGUCCAAGGAGGCCCGCCAGAGUGGCGCCACCAUGUUCUGGCUCAAGGGCGACACGUAUGUGCCGUUUGGCGACAAGGACUGGAAAAGAAUUGAGGCUGGCCGGCUGAAGCUGUAA